AUGAAGAUUAGUAAAUAGAGAAAAGCAAGUAAAGGAGUGAAGGAAAUCUUAGCUUCCUUCUAGCCUUAAAAAGCUAAAAAGAUUACAAAGGCUCCAAAAGUGAGCUAAGGGAAUGCCUCCAGACCUUCAGCUUCAAAGGCAAGUAAUAAAAAAUAACAACUUUCCAUUAAUUCUAAAUAGGUCUAAAAAAAUAAAAAAAUCAAUAACGAUAAAAAAAGAAGUUCUUCUAAGGAAGAAGAAGCAAAAUAAUCACAAAAUCUUGCACAACAUCGCGAGUAGUCUAAAAAGAAUAAGAAGAAUGUUGAUUUUUUAAAUAAAUUGAAGGAUGUUUCUUCCAAAAUUAAAAAAGCUGCUUCUCUCAAACAAAGAUCAUAAAAUACAAAAUAAACAACUUCUCCUAAACAAAGUAAAGCUGCAAAGUAACCCGUUUCUUCUCAAGACAGCUCUAUGAGAAAGUCUAAGAGAGACCCUAAGCCUACAUUCAAAUUGCUUGAGAACUCUGUUGUCAGUCUCUCUUCAGCCAGCAAGAAAAAUUCUUCUGUUUCUUAAGCUUCUGCUUCUUAAUUAAAAUAAAACUCUUCCAAAAAGCAUGAGAAAUAAUAAGAUUAAAGCAAAAGAUCUGUUUCAAAAACAGCAGCAAACAAGGAUUCUAAAUCUAAAAAAACUAGCCAAUCAAGAGAACCUAAAGCACCUGCAAAUCAAAGAAAACAAAGUUCUAGCAAAAGUGAGCAUAACUCAAAGAAAGAAAGAAAUCACAGCAACUCUAAGGAAAGAAAAAGUGAUGUUUUUGCUCUUUAAUCCCACACUAGAUCGAGAAGACAAAUCAAACUGACUGAAAAACUUUUGGAUUUGUAAUAGUCUACUAAACAUAAAUCUGACAAGAAUGUAGGCUCAAGGGGAAGUUCAAGUACUCAGUCCAAGUCAAAGUCUGCCAAUAAACAAGCUAAGAACACCUCAGUGAGCAGAAGUGCCUUAAAAAAGUAACCUGCUUAGACUUCAAGCUCUUCUGUUGAAUAAAAGAAGAAGGUUAUUAAAUAAGAUAUUAAAACCUAAUCAAAAGAUAGAUAACGCUCAACUGAUAAAUCUGCUCGUAGAUUAAAAUCUGACGAAAAAAAAUCAUCACACCCAUCAGAAACAAAGAAACUUCUUGCUAAAUCACCAAUACAAAUCAAAAAUAAUAAAAAAAGCACUGAUAAAAGUUAAUCAGCUUCCCACUUAAAACAUGAAAGCAAAGGUCACUCAGAUGCUUAGAAGAGAUCCUCAAGCAGAUCCACUUCAUCAAAUAUCAGAAAGAAAUCAUCAUCAAAGCCUAUAAGAGAGUUGACUCCACCUCAAAAAAAGCAAAGUGUUGUCGCUCAAUCAACUACUGAAAAACUAUAGCGCUAAAGAUAAAGCUCUGCUGUUUCAUUGAAAAAAGAAUCUAAUAAAUAGAAAGAAGAAAAGAAGACAAAGACUCAUCAUAGUAGAAAUGAAUCUAAAUCUUCUAAGAGAUCUCAUUCACCUUUAAACAAAUUAGUUAAUUAAAAGCACAGCAAGGAUGUUUCAACAGACUCUCAUUCAAAGAAAACAAAGGAUGUAUCAAUUGUUUCUUCCCACUCAAAGAAAAAUAAAGAUGCCUCAGUAGACUCCAAGAUAAACAGUAAAUCAUAAAAAAGUAAUACUGAUAAAAAAUCAAUAACUCCUCAAAAGAAAUAAAGAUAAAAUCGUCAUCAAGAAAAAGAAAAUUCAGCUGAAAGAUCUAGGUCUCCCUUAGUAAAUAAAAAGAAAGAAUCUCAAAGAAACAAAUCUUCUAAAAUAGAAAAAGUGAUUCACUCUUCCCCAUCUAAAAGCGUUUAAGCAUCACAUAAAGCUGAAAAAUCCCAUUCAAAAGAGAAGAGAAGACAAUCUAAAUCAACAAAAAGAUCCUCUUCUGCAUCCUCUUCCUCCCACUAAGUCAGCUCAGUAUCUUUCUCUCCCAAAACUAAAAAUGUUAGCAAUAAACUUUUGAGAAUACUUCAAAGCAUCGAACAAAGAAGUGCAAGCUCUUCCCAAGGCCCUAAAUCUAUUUGGUAAAAUAAACAAUCUUCCUCUGCAGAAAGAAAGGAAAGCAAAUCUUCUACAACCUAAUCUACCUCUUUAUCACACUCCUCAAUAAGCAGCUAAUCAGAUAAACCUAAAAAGAAUUUAGAAAGUUACAAUAGAAUAAUUAGUCAACUAGGAAUUAAAAAGAGAAUAUCUAAAAAAAAUGAUACUUUAAACAGCAACAAUAAAUCUAAGAAAAAACACUUAAAGAAAAGUAAAAAAAUAAAAACUAACUCUAAAAACUCAAGCAGCAAGAAAUCAAUGAAACAUUGA